GUAAUAUUGACUAUACUGGUAUAAUCGAUAAGAGAUUGAGUGUUUCAAUUAGCAGGUUGAUUGAUUGAGGUUUUGUUUUUGGAUUGAUUGGAUUGUUUUUUUUUCUUUUUUGGCAAUAAAGUCGGUUUUAGCAUAAUUUUCUAAUAUUAAGAUAGAAUAAAUCUAAUCAACAAUUAAUCAAUUUUUCAUUUGAAGGAAUGGAAAAAGGAAGGUUAUACCACUGUGAUGUUUGUUCAUCCGAUUGCACCAAUCGUAUACGAAUUCAGUGUGCAAUUUGCGCAGAUUAUGAUUUAUGUGUACCAUGUUUUGCAGCAGGUUCUAUUUCUGGUGAUCAUAAACCAUGGCAUGAUUAUAAGAUUAUUGAGCAAAAUACAUAUCCAAUUUUCGAUAAGGAAUGGGGUGCUGAUGAAGAGUUGCUUUUGAUUCAAGGCUGUGAAACGUUUGGAUUGGGUAAUUGGGCUGAUAUAGCUGAUCAUAUUGGUAAUAGAUCAAAGGAGGAAGUUGCUAAGCAUUAUUAUGAUAUUUAUUUAAAUUCAAAAGAUUACCCCUUGCCGGAAAUGGAUAAAGAUUUUGAUGAUAUUCAUCCAUUAGAAUUUUUGCAACAACGUAAAAAUCGUUUGGAAAGACGUAAAAAUCAACCAUUACCACCUCCCAAGACUAAGCCUGACUCUUCGGUUCCAUUAUGUCACGAAAUUCAAGGUUAUAUGCCUGGUAGAUUGGAAUUCGAUCACGAAGCUGAAAAUGAUGCUGAAGUUCCAGUUAAAGAUUUAAUUUUUGAUCCAGAAGAUUCACAAGGUGAUAUUGAAUUAAAAUUAACUAUACUUGAUAUUUAUAAUUCUAGAUUAACCACUAGAGCUGAACGUAAAAGGGUUAUGAUUCUUAAUAACUUAUUGGAUUAUAGGAAAAAUAUUAGUAAUGAUAAAAGAAAAUCAAAGGAAGAAAAAGAAUUAUUGAAAAAAAUUAAUGCAAUGAUAAGAAUUUUAACCCCCCAGGAUUUUGAGGAAUUUUCUAAAAAUUUACUUACGGAAUUGAAAUGUCGUCUACGUAUUCAACAAUUACAAAGUUGGAGAAUCAAUGGUAUUACCACCAUUGAAGAUGGUAAUAAAUUCGAAAAGGAUAAACUAAUAAGACAAGCUCAUUAUCAAAGAAUGGGUAAUGGCUCUGCUUUGAAUGCUAGAAACGCUACCUCAACUCCAAUGAAUGGUCUGAUAUCGGGUAUGGGUCGUAAAAUGGGAGCUCAUUCUCCUCAACCAUCGAUGGAUUUCAAACCAAAAAUCAAUACAAGUUCUACUAAUCGUGCACCUUUGGAUAUAAGUCGUGCUGCUGAUUUCGACUUAUUAUCAAAUGAAGAAAAACAAUUAUGUGCAACUUUAAGAAUCUUACCCAAACCCUACCUUGCAAUUAAAAAUCAAUUAAUGAAAGAAGCCGUGAAAAAUAACGGUAUCUUGAAAAAGAAAGAUGCCAGACAAUCUCUUAAAAUUGACGUCAAUAAAGCUUCAAAAAUUUACGAAUUCUUUGUGCAAAUGGGUUGGUGUUCUCAAGGUUAGUGCACCUAUUCUCUACGAUAUACUUAUGACUUUCAUUUCAUAUAUAGACUUCCUUUUUUAAUAUUUCGCUUUCUCUUUUUUUU